AUGGAUUUUACAUAUUGCGAAUUUCCCAGCACCGUGUCCAUUGACACCUUCAAGGCCUACUUCAGCAGCCAGACUGCCAAGCUGCCCAAAGUCAGCGAUAAAUCAUUGGAGCAGAGCCCAAGUCAGACCGAAGCAGCAGGCGAAAGCCAAGCAAAUGAAGCGAAAAGUCUGCGACAUCUUGUGCUCGAUGCCAUUGUGCUCAACUGGAGUGAGCUGCCGCUGUAUCGUCAGCUAUGCCGUCGCCAGGAUCGCAACUAUUUACUCAGCCAGCUGGAUACACAGCUGCCGCUGCAGCUGCUCAGCGCACACAUUCGUGACGAUUCCUUUUGGCGUCGCUGCUAUGAGCAGCGCUGGCGCUUGGCGCCAUUGCAGCCGCGCGGCAGGGAGCGACACUGGAUUAACAUUUACAUGGAGCGACAUGUGCAGGAGUUUAUUGAAAAUAUGCAAACCGGCGACUACGAGCAGGAGGGCAAUGUGCAAAACACCUUGGACAUUUGUGCGGCAUACAUAAAUCAAUUGGAGAUAAAUCUGCUGCAGCCCGCACCGCCGGACAGCGAGAACAAUGAUCACAUUCCGCUUGAUUACCUGCUGAGCAAUCUGCCGGACUUACAGCGACUGCGGCUGAGCUACAGCACCAAGACAGUGGGCAUACAUUACCAGUUGGGGUGCAAUCAGCUCACCACACGUGACACUCUGCUGCUGGCCAAGGGACUUAGCCAGUGCUUUGAGCUGCGCAAGUUUUGUUUGCAUAAUACCAAACUAUUGGCCUAUCAGCUGCGCUUUUUGGCACACAGCUUGGACAAGGGUUGUCAUCAUCUGAAGUAUUUGUACUUGCAACACUGCGCUGUAGGCGAUGCUGGCAUACGCUGCUUUCUUGAAACCUGCGGCAGAGAAUCCUUUGCCACGCUUACAGUGCUCGACCUGAGCAACAACGGCAUAACCGAAGAAGGCGCCUAUACGCUCAGCCGCACCUUGACGCGCGUGCCGCUGGAGUGUCUGGUGCUGCGUCUGAAUCCCAUACAGAGCGACGGCGCCGCUGCCAUUUUUAAUACGCUGCAGCUUAUGCCCAUUAAGCAGCUCAAUCUUGGCAGCUGCAGCAUCAGCGCCAGCAUUACCAAAUUAUUCAUGAUGCUUAUUUGCCAGCACACGACAUUAAUACACAUCGAUUUGUCCAACAAUUGUCUAGGCGAGCACUUUGGCAAACAUUUGCUUAAAGUAAUUGGCAGCAAUAAGGCGCUGGAGCGACUCGAUCUGCGCAACACGGGCCUGUCCAUGGAAAUGCGUUGCAAGUUUGAAGAAUUCUUGCUAAAGAAUGCAAAGCGCAAAAAGCAUCACAAGCAAAAGCAGCAACAACGCGAUAAGUUUAAAGCCAUGUUGCAGCUAUAAAUCA